UACUAAACAACACAUCGCGGGAAAAGAAUUUUUGCAAAAACUUGGGAAAAACCAGAAAAUUUGUGCAAAUAAAUAAAAAUAUUUUGCACAUAAAUAAUUUAAAGAUAAACACCAAAAUAAAAAUUAUUAAAGCAGUAGUAAAUGUUGUAUAAAUCUCGCUGCAAAUAAACGAUUACAAAAUAAAGAAAAAAAAAACCAAGCGCUCAAUACAAGGAAAAUUUUGUUUGUAUGUGUCGGUUUUUUUUACAACACAAAAAAGUUGUUCACAUGCGGUGUCUGGCUGAAAAGUAGUGAAGAUAUUUUCCUAAAAUUAUUGUUAAUCCAAAUUAAGAAAAAAUAAAAAAAAUUUACAUUUUUAAAGUUUUAAGAAUUCAUAAGUGUUGGUAAUAAAAAUUAAUGCUCAUCCACUAUGGAUUUGGCAAAUUUAGACAAAAUGAAGGUGGUCGAUCUGCGUAAUGAGCUGCAGACGCGUGGCCUGGAUAUUAAAGGUGUUAAGGCAGUUUUGAUUGAACGUUUACGCGCUCAUUUAGAAGCGGGUACUGGCGGUGUUCCACCUUCUCCUGGAACUCCUGGUCGUCGUAGUCGUCGUACUAGAUCUAUGACCAGAUCACCCUCUCCAUCACCGGUUAAAAAGGCACCAGAACCUUCUUUGGAAACUUUGGAAGAAGAGGGCAAUGCAGCCAAUGCUCAAGUUGAGGAGGAAGCAAGUGAAGAGAAAUUCACCACCCCAGAGAAAUUAAAAGAAAAAUCUCCGAAAAAAACUACUCCCAAAGAGGAAAAGCAAACUACACCCAAUGAGAAAAAACAAGCUACCCCUACUGAGGAAAAAGAUGAAGAGAAGAAUAAUUCUCGUAAUGAAGAAAACUACGAAAGUGCUGAAGACGCUAAUGUAGAGGAAAUUAAAGAAGAUGAGCAUACUAAUGGUGAUGAAGAAGAAGAAGCAGAAACUGUUAGCAAUAACAAAGACACAACAAAGGAGGAGGUCGUUCCAGAAAAGCCUAAACAAGAAAACGAAAAAGAAAACGAGGAAGAAAACGAAGAAGAACAAGUAGUUCAGGAAAAUAAUAAAUCUCUUAAAGAGGAAAUAAAUCAUAAUAAUGAUGAUAUUGAAAAAUCUAAAGAAGACCCAGAAAAUGAUGAUCAAGAAACAUCACCUAAAAAGAACAAAUCCCUUAGGGAACGUUCCCGUAGUCAUUCCCCCGAACGCCGUGAACGUCGUCGUAAUCGUUCAGUCUCUGAUUCCCGUUCAAGGUCUCGCUCACGUUCACGCUCGCGUUCACCACGUCACAAAUCAAAGUCUCAUUCACGUUCUCGUAGCCGAUCUCGUUCACGCACACCCAAACGUCGCAGUGGAGCCGGUAGCUUGGGUAGUCCUUCAAAAGCAAGCGAAGAUACUAGUACUCCAGAGGAUGAGCCUACCAUUGAAGAUAAUCAAUUUGGUCUAAGUUGGUUCGACUCGGAUUUGCACUUACGCAUCGAUCCCGUUACCUUCACCUCUGCUAAGCCUAUGAGUCAUGAUAUCUAUGCAUUAAUUUGGUCCGGUGCACGCACCAAUUUUGGCGUACGCGAAGGCAAGGUUUGCUUUGAAGUACGUUUGUCGGAAGAAACCAAUUUGAAUCGCGAUAAUCCCUUCAGGGAUGAGCCUCAUACCAAAGGCUUUCGCGUGGGCUUUUCUAUGCCCUCAUCCAGUUUAUUAUUGGGAGAGGCGGAAAACUCAUUUGCCUACUGCGAGUCAGGACGCAAAGCUACAAAUGGCGAAUUUGUGGAGUUUGCCAAGCCCUUCCAAUUGGAUGAUGUUAUUGGCUGCUAUUUGGAUUUGGAGACUACCCCAAGUACCAUCAAAUAUACAUUGAAUGGCGAAGACUUGGGCGUGGCUUUUGAAUUCGAUAAAGCUAUAUUGGGUGAGGAUCAGGCCCUAUUUCCUCAUGUUUUAACCAAAGGUUAUGAAUAUGAAAUAAAUUUGGCUGAUAAUGAUAAUCUAUUGGUGAAUAAGGAGCGUAAAGUGCGCAAGAGGCGUAAAGUCAAACAGGUGGUGGAGGAGGAAAAGAAGGUGGAAGAAGAGGAGAAGCCUGAAGGCGAAAAGAAAGAUGAAGAAGACGAAAAGAUGGAUGAAGGCGAGCAGGCUGAAGACAGUAAGAAAGAAAAGAAAACUGAAGAAGCCAAAGAUGAAGAACAGCCGCAAGCGAAGUCUAAAGAUGAAGAAAAAACUCAAGCAGAAGUAGCUAAACCAGAGGAAAGUAAUGAAAAUCCAGAAGAAAAAGCUGACAAAUCUGAAGAUGUUGAAAUGUCUGAAAAACCUCAAGAGGAAAAAGCUGACGAACCUGAAAAAGCUACUGAAGAAGAGCAAGCUGCUGAAUCCAAAACUCCUGAAGACGAGCAAAAACCAGAGCAUUCCGAUGAAACCAAAACAGAAGACGAAGAGAAAUCCAGCACCGAAAAGAAAGCUGAUGAUAAAGAAAAAUCUGCCUCGAAAGAUAAAGAUGAUUGUGGUCCGUCGCCUUCAAAACGUCAAAAGAUGGAAACACCUGCCGAGGAAGAUGAAUAUGAAGAGAUUCAUCCAGAGCCUCGCGAUCAAAUGUCUCUAUUGGAGGACUAUGAAUUGAUUGCAUUAAUUGCAGAAGAAAAAUACAUAGCUGGUCCGCAAAGACCCGAAAGUCGCAGUGCUUGUGAAGUUAUUUUAAUGGUUGGUCUACCAGGUGCUGGCAAAACCACUUGGGUUUUGAAUCAUAUCAAAGAGAAUCCCGAUAAACGUUAUGAUAUUAUUGGUGCUGAUGCUUUAAUAGCUAAAAUGACGAUUGAUGGAGCUCCACGUAAAUCCGUUCAUAAAGGACGUUUCGAUCGCAUCUAUGAAUUAUGUUUCAAUGUCCUAACAUCUCUAGAGGACAUAGCAGUUAAACGUCGUCGUAAUUUUAUACUGGAUCAGGCGAAUGCAUAUGCCUCUGCUCAGCGACGUAAAAUGAAAGGUUUUGCCGAAUUUAAACGUAUUGCUGUUGUUUGUAUACCAAAUGAAGAAGAACUUAAACGUCGACUGGCCGAUAAAAAGGAAAAAGGAAAUGCAUAUACAUUGAAAGAAACAACUUUAAAUACUUUACAAGCUGCUUUCACAUUGCCUGCAUUGGAAUUUGGCUGGUUUGAUGAUAUAAUCUUUACGGAUCUGGCCAUCGAAGAAGCCAAAGAAGAGGUCAAGAAAUAUAAUGAGAAGGGCAAAAAAGCCCUAGAUGAAAGUCAUUCUAAUCGCGAAAAACGUCCACGUCGUGACAAUUAUCGCAAUGAUAAUCGUCGUCGUCAAGAUGAUCGCCGGCGUUACGAUAAUCGUAAUGAUAAUCGCUGGAAUGAUAGGCGUGCUGGCGGUGGUGGUGGAGGUGGCUAUCAUCACGGCGGUGGUGGUGGCGGCGGCGGUGGCGGCAAUAGAUGGGGUGGCGCUGGAGGAGGUGGUGGCGGCUAUCGUAAUAAUUCGGGUGGCUAUAGAGAUGAUCGUGGUUAUGGUGGUGGCGGCGGCGGCGGAGGUGGUGGUCGUGGUUAUGAUCACCGUCAACAACGUUAUAGCAGUGGACCCCAGAACUGGGUACAAAAUAAUCGCAAUCGUUAUGAUGAUCGCAGUGGUCGUUAUAGCAGUGGUGGUGGCGGCGGCGGCGGUGGAGGUAGCGGUCGUUAUGAUUCUUAUGGCGGAGGUGGUGGUUCUCGUGAUUACCGCAGUGGUGGUGGUGGUGGCGGCGGCGAUCACAGAGAUUAUCGUGAUCGUAAUAGAGGCGGCAGUAGUGGAGGUGGCAGCAGCAGUGGCAGCAAUAAUCGCCGUGAUGGUGGUAAUCGCUCCAGUGGCACCAGCAGCAAUCAGCGGGAUUUUCGGCCUGGCCACCGCGACACUCGCGUAGAUAGUCGCGGUGGCUCAAGCGCUACCUCAGCAACAGCAACUUCAUCUAAAUACAAGUCAGGCUCUGUUGCUGGUGGCAAUAAUGGUGGCUAUGAUAAAUAUAACAAGAAUCAGGCCCAAGCAAACAACUGGUCACAAUAUCAACAACAUCAAGCCGGACCAGUUGGUCAACAACAACAACAGCAGUACUGGAACUAUGCAACUAUGCAAGGUUAUGGUAACCAGCAACAAUGGCAAUCAAUGGAUCCCCAACAACAGCAACAAUGGAUGUCUUGGUGGCAACAACAGGGCGGUGCCCAACAGCAUGCUGCUGGUGGCGGUGCUGCAACGGAUCCCAAUCAACAAUAUUGGUCACAAUAUUCUUACAGUACUUCAAAUGAUGCUUCUAAAAAAUAAUUAAAGGCUUGCCUUUUUAUUUAUUUUUUUUUAAAUGUUUAACACAUUAUAAAUAUUUACAUAUACACAAAAUCCAAGUACAACAAUGUCUUACUAAUACUUCUUUUAACACCCAACGCCACAACAGAAAAAAAACAUAGAGAAAUCCACAACAAACAAAAUGUCAUACCUUCUUCUAACAAUAUUUUUAUAAUUAAUCUAUUUUCUAUUAACUAACACAACCUACAAACCACUUGAAAAAAACAAAGUUUUAUUUUGAAACAUCCCUCCCCCGCCCGAAUUCCAAAUUUAUUUAAUUAAAAUUAAUUAAAUUUAGGUUUUCUAAGUACAUACUUAAGUUUUUAGUUGUUAAAACAUAAAAUACAUAAUUUAUUUUUUCUUUUCUUUGGAUUAUAAAACUUUUUUUAAAUCACUUUGUUAUUUUCUACUUUGUUUCAUUGUUUUUUUCUUUUUCGGUUAAAUUUGUUUAUUUACUUAGUUUUUUUUAUUUUGGGUAUUUCUUUUUUAUAAACUAUUUAUAAUUACUGGUAAUUAAAUGUUUUCUUUAAUUUUUUUUCUCCAUUUAAAAAAAGAAGAUUAAGUGAAGAUAUACUUUGUUAAAAUCAGCAUUUCUUUUAAAUUCAUUUUUUAUUAUAUUUUAAAGUCAUUAAAAAAACAGUUGUAUACAAGCUUAAAAGUAACUUGUUAAAACCGAGAAAAGAAUACAGAAAAAUAUAAAUUAUUUAAAAACAACAACCAAAAAA